AAACAAUUAACCCCCACUGUUUCGAAACCAGUUCAACACACACGCUCUUUUGCUACUACUACCUCGAUCUUCGUCUCGAAGUCGCUGAUUCUUGGUGAUGGCGCGUGGUCGAAAGCGGAAGAACGCGGAGAAAGCGAGAGACAGUAAUGGCGGUGCUGAGAUAGAGGGGGAAGGAGGAGUGGAAGCGGUGAAGGACCUGGAAAAGCGAAACGACGGCAAAGAAAUGGAAGAGAACGUUGCGGAGGAGGGGGUGAAGAGGCCCGGUCGGAGGGGUCGGAAGAAGGGGAAAGUGGAGGGAAACCGGGUUUCGGGGGCUGAGGAGAAGGGUAAAGGUGGUUCUGUGUAUGAAGGUUUGGUUCCUGUGAAAGAGAGACUCAGAAAUAGGCCCGCCAAGAAGGUGGAUUAUGACGAAAGCAGGGAUGAAGGUGAUGAUGAUGAAGAACAGGUUGUGGUGAAGAAGCGUGGAAGGAAGAAGAUGAAAGUAGUGCAAAACCACACUUCAUCUGCCGAGAAAGUUGAUGGAGAUAAAAAGCUUCGUGGAAGGCCAAGGAAGAAAACCAAUGUUGCCAAUACAAAGGAGAAGGUUCAAAACAAAGACAUUGUUAAAAUAAAUAAGUGGACUCAAAAGUGGAUUGAAGAGAAGUCCUUAAUGUGCCAUCAGUGCCAGAGGAAUGAUAAUGGCCGGGUUGUUCGGUGCAAGCUUUGUAAGAGGAAACGAUAUUGUAUCCCCUGCUUGACUAGAUGGUAUCCUUAUAUGGUGGAGGAUUUUAUUGCUGAGGCUUGUCCAGUAUGCCGUGGAAUUUGCAAUUGCAAAGCCUGCUUGCGUUCUGAUGUACCCAUUAAAAAUUUGAAGAACUUAGAAUUAGUCAGUCCAGAUGAGGAAAUCGAGUGCUGUAAGUAUGUGCUACAAACAAUACUUCCAUUUUUGAGACGGAUUAAUGACGAACAAAUGAUUGAGAAGGAAAUGGAGGCUAAAAUACAAGGGUUAGCACUUCCAGAGUUAAAGAUAAAACAGGCAGAUUGCCCUGUUGAUGAGCGUACGUACUGCAACAACUGCAAAACUUCUAUUUUUGAUUUCCACAGAAGCUGUCCUAGAUGUUCUUUUGAUCUCUGCCUUAUCUGCUGCCAAGAGAUUCGUGACGGACACCUGCAGGGGGGUGAGGAGGAGGUGAUUAUGCAGUAUAUUGACCGGGGAUUUGACUAUUUGCAUGGUGGAAAGGAGGAAAAAGUGAGAAUGUCUACUGAGAUUAGCCCUAAGGAUCAUGUGAAGCCAAAAUCUUGGUGGAAGGCGAAAGAAGAUGGUAGCAUUCCUUGCCCCCCAAAAGACAUGGGUGGUUGUGGUCAUUGUAUUCUAGAAUUAAGAUCUAUGUUCGCAGAAAACCUGGUUUCAGAGUUGGUGAGAAAAGCGGAAGAAAUAGCCAGAACUUACAAACUUCUGGAUAUGGCUGCAAUUCCUUUACAACGGUGCUUGUGUUUCAACUCAGUGGGUGACGUUGACCUAAGCAAUGAUAAGUUAAGGAAAGCGGCUUCUCGAGAAGAUUCUGAUGACAACUAUUUAUAUUGUCCCAGGGCACAAGAUAUACACCAUGGGGAUUUGAAGCAUUUCCAGUGGCAUUGGAGCAGAGGUGAGCCUGUGAUUGUAAGCAAUGUGCUUGAAUCUGCAUCUGGUUUAAGCUGGGAACCACUGGUUAUGUGGCGUGCAGUCCGUCAGUUGAAACAUAUCAAGCAUGAUAGAAAUUUGGAAGUUAAGGCCAUUGAUUGCUUGGAUUGGUGUGAGGGCCCUAUCAAUAUCCACCAGUUCUUUACUGGGUAUAAGAAAUUUCGACCCGAUCGUUCUGAAUGGCCCCAGAUACUGAAACUGAAAGAUUGGCCGCCCUCUAAUUUAUUUGAAGAACGUUUGCCACGUCAUUGUGCUGAGUUUAUCCAUUUCUUGCCAUUCAAGGAAUAUACCCAUCCACAGAACGGCCCUCUAAACCUUGUUGUCAAAUUGCCUGAGGAAUCUCUAAAGCCAGAUAUGGGUCCCAAGACCUAUAUUGCGUACGGAUUUGCUCAGGAACUUGGCCGUGGAGACUCUGUCACUAAACUUCAUUGUGAUAUGUCUGAUGCGGUAAAUGUUUUGACACAUAUGGCUGAAGUUACCCUUGAAGAUAAAAAUAUUGCGGUUAUAGAGAAGAUGAAAAAGAAACACUUUGAGCAAGACCAAAGUGAACUCUUUGGAAAUAUUAUGACUGGGGAUGAAAAAGUUGAGAAUAAUAUUUCUGAUGGUGAAUGUUGUAAAAUUACUUCUGAUGAUGACAAAUUCAGUGAAGUUGGUGAUCAAAAUCAAGGUGCAACUGAAGACCUUGCUGCUUCUAUUUUUCAAAUUGUUGGUAGUACUGGUAAGACAGGAAUGAAUGAGAAAGAUUCUUCAAGGGGAUUAGAGUUGGAAAAGACUGAGGCAAAAGUUGAUCAAAAUAACAAUGUUGGGAGUGGUGGUCUUGGAGUUUCUAGAAAUAAGUUGGAUGGCUUAGAAGCUUCCGAGGGCGGUGCCCUGUGGGACAUUUUUCGUAGACAAGAUGUUCCUAAGCUCCAGGAAUAUCUUAAAAAGCACUUCAAGGAAUUUAGGCACAUUCAUUGUUGUCCAUUGCAGCAGGUUGUUCAUCCUAUACAUGAUCAGACCUUUUAUCUCACUUUGGAUCAUAAAAGGAAGCUCAAGGAGGAAUAUGGAAUUGAACCAUGGACAUUCGUCCAAAAACUUGGUGAUGCUGUCUUUAUUCCUGCUGGUUGUCCUCAUCAAGUAAGAAACUUAAAGUCAUGCAUAAAGGUUGCACUAGACUUUGUCUCACCUGAAAAUAUUGGUGAGUGCAUCCGUUUGACAGAGGAAUUCCGUACACUUCCUCAGAAUCAUAGAGCUAAAGAGGACAAGUUGGAGGUGAAGAAAAUCAUUGUUCAUGCGAUUUGCCAGGUUGUGGACAAGUUGGAUCAGAAACCAAGGUCUGAGGCAGCUACCGCUUCCUUGUUAGGAGAUUCAAAGUAGGUUCCAACUUCAUUGGUGAAGAUUUUGCAACAGUUAAAAGGUUGAUUUGUGUUACUUAAAUACAGUUGGGUCAUGCAUACUUGUAUAAUAUAAGAAGUAUCUUCUGUAUUUUGGUAUACAGCAACUAGUUGCUUUUUGGUAAAGGCCUUUGUCUGUUCCACAUUCCCGACUGGUGAUGAUGUUUAUUUUGCCUACAAACAGAAAAAGGUCACGGCGAAUUUUGUUUCGAGUGAUUCAUCAGUGGGAUUUCUCUCUACUAAUCAUAGUAAAUCAUUUUUCUCCCCAA